AUGACCAGAAUUUUUGAUGAACUCAUUCAUGACAAAGUUGAAUGCUACAUUGAUGAUCUCGUGGUCAAAAGCAAAGAAAGAGAGGAUCACUUGUUUGAUUUAAGGGUUGUGUUUGAACGACUUCGUCGGUACGACCUCAAGAUGAAUCCUUUAAAAUGUGCUUUUGGGGUAACUUCAGGGAAGUUUCUUGGGUUUGUUGUUCGACAUCGUGGCAUUGAAAUCGACCCUACUAAAAUCAAAGCGAUAUUAGAAAUGAAACCUCCUAGAAGUCUUACUCAAUUAAGAUCUUUCCAAGGUAGGUUGGCAUAUCUAAGAAGCUUUAUAUCUAAUUUGUCCGGUAGAUGCCAACCCUUUGCAGCCCUUUCAAAGAAAGAUUCAGAAUUCUAUUGGGAUGAUAGCUGCCAAAAAGCUUUUGAUAGUAUAAAAUGCUAUCUUUUGUCCCCUCCAGUUUUGGCCGCUCCCAUUCCGUGGAAGCCACUAAUUCUUUAUACUACGGCUUCAUAUGAGUCUCUUGGUGCUUUGUUGGCCCAAACCAACAAUGAAGGAAAAGAGAAUGCCCUAUACUACUUGAGCAGACGUCUGAUUCCUACUGAAAUGAAUUACCCUUCCAUUGAGAAGCAUUGCUUAUGCCUUAUUUUCGCUGUUCAAAAACUUAGGCAUUACAUGCUCUCUCAUAAAGUCAAUCUGAUCUCUAAGGUCAAUCCCCUUCAGUACCUCAUGACCCGUCCAACACUCUCAGGACGCUUAGCCAGAUGGGCCAUGAUACUACUUCAAUUCGAUAUCACUUUCACUCCCCAACGUGCUGUAAAAGGACAAGCUCUUGCUGAUUUCCUAGCAGCACACCCAAUACCAGCAGGAUCUCCCCUGAACGACGAUCUUCCUGAUGAACAAAUAAUGAGUUUGGAUAACCAUGAAAGCCCUGCUUGGGAGUUGUAUUUUGAUGGUGCGGCCUCUUUUCAAAGAGGUACUGAACCACAAAGUCUUCUCCCUGGUAAGGCUGGAGUUGGUUUGAUAUUCAUAACACCUGAUAAAGCUAUAUUGCGAUAUUCUUACAGUUUAUCGGACCCUUGUACAAACAACGAGGCGGAAUAUGAAGCUCUGAUAACUGGUUUAGAAUUAGCAAUAUCAAUGGAAAUUAAAAAUAUCAAAAUUUUUGGCGAUUCACAGUUGGUAAUUAACCAAGUUGCGGGAACUUACAAAGUUUUAAAACCCAACUUGCUUAAAUACCACUCAUAUGCCAUGAAGCUGUUCGAGCAAAUUCCUAAUGCAACUUUGGCUAGAAUACUGCGUGGUCAAAACGCUACGGCGGACGUUCUAGCAAAGCUUGCUAAGGAGAUGUCGUGUCCUGAAAAGGGUUCAAUCCAAAUAGAAGUUCAAAAUCGCCAAAUUUUGUCUCCUAUUGACUUUGAGAUUUUGAAUGAACCUUCUCCUUUUGGUGAGUUUUCAUUUGUGGUAGAUGAUGAAGAUGAUUGGCGCAAACCAUUCAUUGAUUAUCUCCAAAAUGGUAAAGUACCAAAGGAGAAGUCUGUUGCUCACCAAAUAAAGAAUAGAGCGAUGUCAUUUUCACUGAUCAACAACACCUUGUAUCGGCGAUCAUUUGACCAAAUGUGGUUGCGAUGUCUUGCAAAAGAUGAAGCCCACAAGAUAGUGACCGAGGUACAUGCGGGGUUGUGUGGCACCCAUCAAUUGGGCCCCAAAAUGAAAUUGAAAAUUAAAAGGCUUGGGUACUAUUGGCCAUCAAUGAUUAAAGAUUGUGUUGAAAUAGCACGAAAAUGCCACCAAUGCCAAGUACAUGGAGUAGUUUUGCAUCAACCACCUAAUGUUUUGCAUCCAACAAUAACCUCUUGGCCUUUUGAAAGCUGGGGAACCGAUAUUGUUGGGCCUAUUGAUCCUCCUUCCUCAAAGGGUCAUAGGUUUAUACUUGCUGCUACCGACUACUUCUCAAAGUGGGCUGAAGCCAUACCACUGAGGGAAGUCAAAACUAGGCAUGUACUGCAAUUUUUGAAGGACCAUAUCGUAUACAAGUUUGGCAUUCCAUGUCUAAUCAUGUCCGAUAAUGGUCCCGCUUUUAAGAGUACCAAGAUUAAUCAAUUUGUUAGCAAACAUAGCAUUGAUUGGAGGUAUAGUACGAUAUACUAUCCUCGAGCUAAUGGAUUGGCUGAAGCUUUCAACAAGACAUUAGUUCAGUUGCUAAAGAAGACCUUAGAUGAGAACAAACGUCAAUGGCAUGAAAGUUGGUGGAGGCAUUGUGGGCCUAUCAGACCACAUAUAGAACCCCGACAAAGGCCACUCCGUUUUCUCUCGUCUAUGGAGCGGAGGCGGUUCUCCCUUUGGAGUUACAGCUCCCAUCUCUUAGAAUUGCAAUAA